AAUAAAAUUCAGUAAAUAAUUGACAUGUGGGCGAGUCUAAUCACGAGCUCCCAAGGUGGAAAAUGGAAAGCCCGAUUCCCGUGUCCCAGUAUAAAACCCCCCUCAAACUCCCAUCGAAACGACAAACGUUACGCCCCCAGUUGAUUCAAAACGACUUCCCUUCCCAUCUCUUAUUGUAUACCCUCCUCCCUUCUCUCGCCGCCGCUUCAAAUGCGUCCCUUCAGGUACCUCGCCGGUGUGAACUCCUCCGCCAUCUCCGACUCGGCUGAGCCCCAGACAUAUGACUCUGACUUCGUCAUAAUCCUAGCUGCCCUCCUCUGUGCCUUGAUAUGCGUUCUCGGUCUCGUUGCUGUUGCCCGCUGCGCCUGGCUACGCCACCUAGCCGGCAAUGUCAGCGGCGGCGCUUCCACUCGUCCUCCUCCUCCUCCUGCGUCCAAUAAAGGUCUCAAGAAGAAGAUCCUGAGGUCUCUUCCGAAGUACAACUUCACCGCUGAGUUUUCUGCUCAGUUCUCAGAUUGCGCGAUCUGCCUCGCGGAGUUCGCAGUCGGUGAUGAAAUCCGGGUGCUGCCGCAGUGCGGCCAUGGAUUUCACGUGUCCUGCAUCGAUAUGUGGUUCCGAUCUCACUCUUCAUGUCCUUCGUGCCGUCAGAUUCUUGUGGUAAGUCAGUGCCAGAAGUGCGGUGGUUUUCCGGCAAGCUCGAGUUCGAACGGUGGGACGGAAUCCAGAGUGAAAGAGGAAGGAGAUGAUAAGACGAGUAGGUUCUUACCUUAGCCCUAGGGUUUUUCCUUUAACUACUGCGAUUCUUGUUCCUUCCUUCCUUCCUUCCUUCCUCUCCUUCCUUCCU